CUGAUAUUUAAAAAUAAUUGUCAAGCGUGUAAUGAAGUAAGACAAUGAAGAAACCAAACAACAUUGUGAUUGUGAUACUACUCUUCUUUGUUCUGCUUCUGAUAAUUCAAACCCCCACGGAGGCCGGAAAAAACCCCCACAAUAAACACAAAAAGAGAUCAAGAAGCAGUACCAGAAGGACAAAAACAAGAACAAGGCAACAUUCAGCUAACUGUGACCCUCUAUAUGAGUACUUCUUUGAAACGUGUGGGCAAUGGCCUUUUCCAACUUCACCCUCUCCGGAAAAUCCAUUUCUCCCCGCUCCAAGGAGACGUCGUUCACCACCUCUACCAAGCCCCCUUCCACCACCUCUAAUUUCAUCACCUCCACCACCUCAAGGACCGCCACUAUGUUCGCCGCUACCGCCUCCACCAGAACUCUUCUCUCCACCUCCCCCUCCACCAGUACUCUUCCCUCCACCUCGACCGCCACCAGUACUCUCCCCUCCACCUCCACUGCCACCAAUACUCUCCCCUCCACCUCCACUGCCACCAGUACUCUCCCCUCCACUUCUGCCGCCACCAGAACUCUUCUUUCCACCUCCGCCACCAUUGGUUCCUUCCCCGCCGCCUCCACCUUAUGUUCCACCUCCUGUCAUGCCCUUCUUUUUUACACCGCCUCCACCCGCUGCUCCACCUCCUUUCAUGUCAUCCUUUUUUACACCACCUCCACCGGAUGUUCCACCUCCUUUCAUGUCAUCCUUUUUUACACCGCCUCCACCGGAUGUUCCACCUCCUUUCAUGUCAUCCUUUUUUACACCGCCUCCACCGGAUGUUCCACCUCUUGUAACGCCAUUCUUUUUCACACCACCUCCACCUCAAAGUCCACCAGCGCCAGUUUCCUCGUGGCUAUCACCUCCAGAUAUAAACCCACCACCAGCAUUUACCCUUUCACCCCCAGCUGAGCAGUUUUCACCGCCUCCCCCACUUGUUCCAUUGGUUUUGUCACCUCCACCGCAAGCCCCAGGCGAAACCACUCCAACACCACCGUUUUUCUCUGAAUCGCAACCUCCUCCGGUGCAAGAUAUUCCUCCUGAUGAGUUUGCUAGUCCAUCACCACCGUUUUUCUCUGAAUUGCAACCUCCGCCGGUGCAAGAUAUUCCUCCUGAUGAGUUUGCACAAUCGCCACCACUAAUCCCCUGGUUUUCUUCUCCACCUGAUGGUCAGUUACCAAUAUUCUCACCACAAUUACCGGAUACUUUUGCGCCCCCAUUUGAAUCAACACCGAGUGUACCAGAUUUCUUCCAGGCACCUCCUUUAGUUCCUGAUGCUGCUGAGAAUCCUUAGGCUCUGGUCUCAGACGUUUUAUAUGAAACAGGAUCUCCUUCAUCCAAGGAGUGAAGCUGUUUCGUCGUAACUAUUACUAAGUACUUAAUAUUUAUGUAGCAAAAUAACCUGAACGAUUGGCUAGUACUGUUGAUAUGUUUUCCGUUUCCUCGCUCUUUGUUAUAAAUUAUUCAUCUUAUGGUUUUCGUUAAUCAGGCUGUCUACUGACAGAAAUGUACUCAUCUGAAUGAAGAACAGUUCUCCAAAUUAAUAGCUGAUGAUAAAGAUUUUUGUUUCUGAGA